AGCGGCUUCCCAGGAGUCUUUUAAGAGGCAACUUGAUCCAUUCUAAAGGUCUAAGGAUAGUAUCACACUAUGAUUUACUAAUUUCUUUUCCUCUUUUAAUGUUAACAUACCUAGGUUCCUGCCUGGUGGAUUUGGUGAUCCCCUGCUACUAGACACGGAAGCCUGUUAAGCGAAAGCUUCUUCUAUUCGUUUACAACCAUUUGAACCAUUUGAAUCAUUGUGUGAAUGUGAAGGAAGCAGUCACUUUAUAUCAGGUUCAUGGAAAAAAUAUUGGAGAUUUGGCAUCGCGACGAUUUUCAACUUGUGCGGUACUUCAUCUCAAUCUUACUAUGUGCAAUGAAUUUCCUAUUCGGUAAUCGAUUAUGCAGCAAAACAUUCAAACCACGUAAAAAUAUCUCUGAAACUAAUAAUAAUAAUAAUAAUCCUUCUACUAAUACAAGUAAUCAUAAUCCUACUAUUGGUAAUAAUAAUAAUAAUCAUGAUGUCAAUGGUAAACAAAAUGAUUUAUUACCAGAAACUGCUGCAACAUUGGGUAGUGGAGAUUUACGUUUAGCUGUUCGUCUACCUGAAGGUGAAGAUCUACAUGAAUGGAUUGCUAUAAACACUGUAGAUUUUUUCAACCAAAUUAAUAUGCUUUAUGGUACAUUACUUGAAUUUUGUACGGAUGAUACAUGUCCAAUUAUGUCAGCUGGUCCAAAGUAUGAAUAUCAUUGGGCUGAUGGACAAACAGUGAAAAAACCAUUGAAAUGUUCUGCACCACAUUAUAUUGAUUGUUUAAUGAUAUGGAUUCAAAAACAAUUGGAGAAUGAAGCUAUAUUUCCAUCGAAAAUUGGUGCUCCAUUUCCACGUGAUUUUCUUAAUGUAGUCAAAGUGAUAUUAAAACGUUUAUUUCGAGUUUACGCCCAUAUUUAUUAUCAGCAUUUUUCUGAAGUACGAGAUCUACAAGAAGAAGCUCAUUUAAAUACAAGUUUUAAACAUUUUAUAUAUUUUGUAUUGGAAUUUAAUUUAGUUCAAAAACGUGAACUUGUUCCAUUACAACACUUAAUUGAUUUAUUAACAACAAAUGAAUCUACCACAAAUGAUGAACAUAAUAGUAAUGAUAAUGGUUCUACAUCACAUAAUUAUUCAGUACAUACAACUACUAAUGAUAAUAUAAGUAGUAUAAUCAAUGAUAAUUAA